UAAUUCUAUUCUCUUCCUUAUCAACCGAUUCGACUGGAUGGUUAGAUUCAAGGGCUUUAUACAUCGGCGACCAGUUAGCGACGUGCUCGUUUCGAUAAGUUGCCGCUGCACUUGAAAACAGUAUACAGUAUACAGUACUUCGCUAUAGCUGAGCACGCACUCGCAGUCAGUUAAAUCGGUUUGGCAGCAGCACACUUGCUCCCCAUUUUGAUUUUAAAGUUUCCGGACAACGCAAUGGCAUCCACUCCUGUUCUUGCGUACUGGGAUAUUCGCGGGCUGGCGAACCCGAUUCGAAUGCUGCUGGAGCACGUGGGAGUCAAGUAUGAAUUCAAGGUUUGGGACCACGAACCCGAAACCGGAUGGUUUGCUCAGAAGGACAAGCUGGAUAUCAAAUUCCCAAACUUGCCGUAUUACAUCGAAGGAGACAAAAAGUUCAGCCAGUCUGGCGCGAUUAUUAAAUAUUUAGCCCGCAAGCAUGGGCUUGUUGCGAAAAAUGAGGAUGAUUUGAUCCAACAGGAUAUCGUGGAUGGUUUACUGCAAGAUUUCCGUAACCUUUGGUCAUGGCUGGUAUAUGUUUCUAGCAAUGAUCUGGAAACUGACAAGCCCAGAUAUCAUGCUCGUGUCGAUCCGGUGAUGAAGCAGCUGGACGAGAUGUUGGACAAACAAAAGUUUCUUGUCGGAGAUUAUCUCACUUAUAACGAUUUCAUCUUCUUCGAGAUUCUGGAUAUCAACACCAAGCUCUUCCCGGACUUCUUGCAGCAAUUUCCUAAUCUGCAGAAAUACCAUGAUCGCAUCCAGCAUUUGAAAGGUGUCCAGGAAUAUCUGCAGUCCGAUCGUAAUCCAAAAAAGAUCAAUGGAUUCGUUGCCAAAUGGGGAGGAUAAACGGUUGCUGGUGGAUUUAGCGUUUUUAUGCGUGCUUAACUGCAUUAUUUCACACGUGCAGUUAUAUUGUCCUAACGCACUGAUUACGGACAUAUUGUAUGCAGCACCACGUGAAAUGCUUAAUUUUUGAUAUUGUCUUGUCUUCCGCAUAGUCGGUACUUGGAAUUGUCAGUAGCUAUAAGAAAGUACAGUAGCAAUCACUAACUGUUAUUUCUUUACAAGACUGAUAGACGACAUAUUCCGUAAGUUUUUCGUUUUAUCCGACGUACUCACAGUGCUGGAUAGUGGAUAUUAAUUUUGUGUUAUUAAGUCAUAUUAUUCAACAUUCGUUCAGUUUGUACGCUGUAAACCACCUCCGCGCCAAUAACCAGCAAUGGUUCAUAAAAAAUGAUAUCAAA